AUGCGCCAACAAAUGCGCAGCAAGCUCGCCUCGCUUCCGAAGCCUAAGGAAACUGAAUGGGAACUGGAGGAGUUGCCUUCGGAGACCGCCGAGCCUGCGGCUGCUGUCGAGUUCAGCGAAGAAGACGCAGCUGAGCGUGAUCGUCGAGACCGCGAGGCUCGUGAGAAGGCCGCUCAAGCAGAGUUCAAGCGCCAAUCACAAGCAUACCAACGAGGUCUCCCUCGACCUGCUGUCCUCGAUCUCAGCGCCUUGAUGGAGCGGGCCUCCCAUGUCGCUGACCCAAUCGAGGGUCUCAUCGCCAAGGAGGCUGCACUUAUCAUCGCCCAUGAUUCACGGAGGUACCCGGUUCCAGGUGCCAAGGUGGAGGGCAAGGCGCCCAAGCUGGGCCGUGUUGAUGAUAAGUUCCUGGAGGCCGCUCGGGCAGCCAUCGCCACCGAAGUCGCCGCCGAAGCACAGCAACAACAAGAGAACUGGCAAGAACAGUUUGACGGCGUUUGGACAAACACCCGCGCCCAAGGUCUCCCUGGCCUAGACAACUACGUCGAUGAGGAGGAGCAAGAUGCAUUCAAGGAGGAACAGCGCAUGAUCGGUGCCUUUGAUAAUGUCCAAGAAUCUCUCCUUGCAACCGCUGAACGAGGCAACAAGCUGGAGAAAAAGCUAUCCUUGCACUACGGUGGAUAUCAAAACCGUGCAAAGACACUGCGCUCCAAGAUCGUGGAAGCCAAUGCGGCAUUGCCCAAGGUUCAAGAUGAUUUGGACGCCUUCCGCACCUUACAGAUCUCUGAGGAGGCGGCCAUGUCGAGUCGUCUCGAGAAGCUGCGAGAGGAAGUUUCGUCAAUCAUGCGUCGCGAGCGUGAGGCACAGGAAUUGUAUAAGAGCCGGAAGGACGAACUUGAUGAGCUUGUCGCCGGGACUGCCACGGUUAAUGGAUGGCAUUAA